GCAAAAGCAAAGAAGCAGAAAUAAAGAGGAUCAAUAAGGAGCUAGCAAACAUUCGAUCGAAAUUUAAAGGUGACAAGGCUCUCGAUGGCUAUAGCAAAAAGAAGUACGUGUGCAAGCUGCUCUUCAUCUUCCUGCUGGGCCACGACAUUGACUUUGGGCACAUGGAGGCCGUGAACCUGCUCAGCUCCAACCGAUACACGGAGAAGCAGAUCGGCUACCUGUUCAUCUCGGUGCUGGUGAACUCUAACUCGGAGCUGAUCCGGCUCAUCAACAACGCCAUCAAGAAUGACCUGGCCAGCCGCAACCCCACCUUCAUGGGCCUGGCGCUGCACUGCAUCGCCAACGUGGGCAGCCGUGAGAUGGCCGAGGCCUUCGCCGGGGAGAUCCCCAAGAUCCUCGUGGCGGGGGACACCAUGGACAGUGUGAAGCAGAGCGCCGCCCUGUGUCUGCUGCGCCUGUACCGAACAUCUCCCGACCUCGUGCCCAUGGGCGACUGGACGUCCCGAGUGGUGCACCUCCUCAACGACCAGCACCUCGGUGUAGUGACAGCGGCCACAAGUCUGAUCACCACGUUAGCCCAGAAGAACCCAGAAGAGUUUAAAACCUCGGUCUCCUUGGCUGUCUCUCGACUGAGCAGGAUCGUGACCUCGGCGUCCACAGACCUCCAGGACUACACCUACUACUUUGUCCCGGCCCCCUGGCUCUCGGUGAAGCUCCUGCGCCUGCUGCAGUGCUACCCGCCCCCAGAAGAACCCGCAGUGCGGGGCCGCCUGACGGAGUGCCUGGAGACGAUCCUCAACAAGGCCCAGGAGCCACCCAAGUCCAAGAAGGUGCAGCAUUCCAACGCCAGGAACGCGGUGCUCUUCGAGGCCAUCAGCCUGAUCAUCCACCACGACAGCGAGCCCAACCUGCUCGUCCGUGCCUGCAACCAGCUGGGCCAGUUCCUGCAACACCGCGAGACCAACCUGCGCUACCUGGCGCUGGAGAGCAUGUGCACGCUGGCCAGCUCCGAGUUCUCCCACGAGGCCGUCAAGACGCACAUCGAGACGGUCAUCAACGCCCUCAAGACGGAGCGGGACGUGAGCGUGCGGCAGCGGGCGGUGGACCUGCUCUACGCCAUGUGCGACCGUAGCAACGCGCAGCAGAUCGUAGCAGAGAUGCUGAGCUACCUGGAGACAGCUGACUACUCCAUCCGUGAAGAGAUUGUGCUCAAGGUGGCCAUCCUGGCCGAGAAGUACGCCGUGGACUACACGUGGUACGUGGACACCAUCCUCAACCUGAUCCGCAUCGCGGGCGACUACGUCAGUGAGGAGGUGUGGUACCGUGUCAUCCAGAUAGUCAUUAACAGAGACGACGUGCAGGGCUAUGCGGCCAAGACCGUAUUUGAGGCCCUGCAAGCGCCCGCGUGCCACGAGAAUCUGGUCAAAGUAGGCGGCUACAUCUUAGGGGAGUUUGGAAACUUGAUCGCCGGGGACCCCAGAUCCAGCCCCCUGAUCCAGUUCAGCCUGCUCCACUCCAAGUUCCACCUGUGCAGCGUGCCCACCCGGGCGCUCCUCCUGUCCACCUACAUCAAGUUCGUGAACCUCUUCCCAGAGGUGAAGUCCACCAUCCAGGACGUGCUGCGCAGCGACAGCCAGCUGCGCAACGCCGACGUGGAGCUGCAGCAGCGCGCCGUCGAGUACCUGCGGCUCAGCACCAUCGCCAGCACCGACAUCCUGGCCACGGUCCUGGAGGAGAUGCCCGCCUUCCCCGAGCGCGAGUCCUCCAUCCUGGCGAAGCUCAAGAAGAAGAAGGGCCCGAGCAGCGUGACGGGGCUAGAGGAGGCCCAGCGGGACCGCAGCGCCGGCGUGAACGGGGGCACCGAGCCGGCCCCCGCCAGCACCAGCGCGGCGUCCACCCCUUCGCCAUCGGCUGACCUCCUGGGGCUCGGGGCUGUGCCCCCCGCCCCUGCUGCCCCCGCCUCCUCCUCAGCUGGUGGGGGGCUGCUCGUGGACGUGUUCUCGGACUCCGCUUCCGCGGUGGCACCUCUCGCUCCCGGCUCCGAAGAUAACUUCGCCAGGUUUGUCUGCAAAAACAACGGGGUGCUCUUUGAGAAUCAGCUGCUGCAGAUUGGACUGAAGUCGGAGUUCCGGCAGAACCUGGGUCGGAUGUUUAUAUUUUAUGGAAACAAGACCUCCACACAGUUCCUAAAUUUUACCCCAACGCUCAUCUGUUCGGAUGGCCUGCAGUCCAACCUGACCCUGCAGACCAAGCCUGUGGACCCCACCGUGGACGGGGGUGCGCAGGUGCAGCAGGUGGUCAACAUCGAGUGUCUAGCCGACUUCGCUGAAGCGCCGGUGCUCAACACUCAGUUCAGGUAUGGAGGGACCUUCCAGAACGUGUCCGUGAAACUGCCCAUCACACUCAACAAGUUUUUCCAGCCCACGGAGAUGGCAUCUCAGGAUUUCUUCCAACGGUGGAAGCAGCUGAGCAAUCCACAGCAGGAGGUGCAGAACAUCUUCAAAGCCAAGCACCCGAUGGACACAGAGAUCACCAAAGCCAAGAUUAUCGGGUUUGGCCCUGCACUCCUUGAAGAGGUUGACCCUAACCCUGCUAACUUUGUGGGCGCUGGCAUCAUCCACACCAAGACCACCCAGAUCGGCUGCCUGCUGCGCCUUGAGCCCAACCUGCAGGCUCAGAUGUACCGGCUCACCGUGCGGACCAGCAAGGACACCGUCUCCCAGCGGCUGUGUGAGCUGCUCUCGGAGCAGUUCUAGGCUGGGUGCAGCCAGCUUGCCUUGUGUCUCCACCUGACCUUGCAAAGCCCCGGCCCCUCCCACCCCUCUCCAGCCCUGUCCCAGCCGAGGAUGGACGGACAGCUGUGGGUCCGGGAAGAGAGCGACAGGGCGCCCGGCAUCCUGGGCUGUGCAGGCAGCAGGCCGGCUGCAUGCCUGACAAAGCUGCACAUUAAAGGAAACCCGACUGUGACUGGCCUGGACUCUGUCCACUGUGUCCUGGAGCCGCCCUGCUCUGUGGGGCUGGCGGGGCUGCUGGGGCCCAGGAGCGGGAGUGGGGCCCUGUGUGGCCGCGGAUGGGGCAGGUUGUAAAGUCUUUACAUUAGAGAUGUAUGUGUUUGUAAUGACUGUCAACAAAACUGUGUGUCCUGACCAGACUGACAUCCACCAUUCCUCUCUCCAAUACCAGUGUCUGAAGGGG